UGUUCAAUAGAGUUUUUUGAUAUUUGGAAUCGUAAUGCAACUUUUGAAUUUCGUAAGAAUUUGUGAUUCUUUUGUUGAAUUAAGGAAAGGAUACCGGGUUGAGAUAUCACAGGAACAACUAAUUAUGGCUUCCAACCAAGAAGCAACAAUCCCUUUGAGAUAUUGGGUGGAUAAUGAGCAAAAGCGUGUAGUUAUGGCAGAAGCAAGUGGAGACUUUGUUGAUGUUCUCUUUAGUUUCCUGACCCUUCCAUUGGGAACUAUCAUCCGGCUUGGGAACCAAUUUCAACAACCGGUACAGAUUGGUUGCAUCAACAAUCUUUACGAGAGUGUGCAAAAUUUGCGCCCUGAUGUUUUCUGGAACAACAUCUGCCAGAAAAUGUUGCUUGCUCCACGCAACCCGUUAGAAGCUUCUUACCAGAGACUAAAAGUGAAGGUGGAUGGCACAGAGCCCACAAAGUAUUUCAUGUGUCACAGCUGUUCAAAAGGAAGUGAUUUGUUGCUGAGUAGUUUUGAUGGGGCAUGGUGUUCUUGUAGAAAAUUGAUGCGAAAGAAAAUGGAGCUGCUGGAAGAGUCCAAGGACGAGGCUUCUGGGGUUGACGGUGUUUUCGUUAAAGGGGAUGCCAUGUUCUUGAUCUUUGAUGACUUGACAGUGCUCCGAAGCUCUCCAAGUGACUCCCUUCAAACACCCCUCCUAUUUGGACACGCAGACUUCAGCAAUAUGCAAGAAAUGUCUCAAGAUGUCGGCCCGAGGGAGAUAUUUAGCAUAUUAAAGCACGCAUUAACCUCCAAAUCUCCACUAAGUGAUGUAUUCAUUCCAAACAGAAAAAAAAUUGAGCCAUCGUACUCUUUCUCACCCGAUACUGGCCCGAGUCAUUGGAAAGGUUCUGUAGAAAUCAAGCUAAUGGUGAGCAAAUCAAAGAACAAGGUUCUGUUUGCUGAAGCAGAUGGAGAUUUCGUUGAUUUUCUAGUCAGCUUCCUCACAACACCUCUUGGAUCUAUUCUGAACCUUAUGAAUGGCAAAUCAUCGUUGGGAAGCAUUGAUAACUUGUACGCGAGUGUGAAGAAGCUCAAUGCAUCAUGGUUCAUAGGGUCAUCAAACAAAUCCUUACUGAAUCCAAGGGUCGCUCCUCAAUUUGGUUGUGGGAGCAAUCCACUAAAUGCUUCACAAGAAUACACUCCUACGUAUUGGUAUGGCACUGUGGUAGUGAAAGAUAAUAAUGAGGGGCGUACAAUGAUUUCAAAGAAAAAAGAAAUGUUACAAUAUCCAGCAAAACUGAAACUUUUUGAGCCAAGAUGUUAUGAUGGAGCAAGAGAAGCUGCUGUGGGAUUUAUGAAGAGGCCGUGUCUAUUUGUUGUGAGCGAUGAUCUGAAAGUGAGGCAAUUGACAACUACUUCUAGCAUUCAGUAUAUGCAAGAGCUGGGGAAUGUCAAGUUUGAUGAUUUGAAGGAACAUAUGGUGGAAAUCAGGAAGUCACAUGAGGCACUGAACCUGUUGAGGACGUCUUUGACAUCCAAAGAAGUUGGUUUGACACGGAGCCUAUUGAAGAAGUGGAAAUGCCAAAGAUGCAUUCCAUUUUGGGAUUCCAUUUUGGGGUGUGUUGGGAUGGAAGAAAAUGAGACAUAGAAAAAAGAAAAAAACAAGAGGGAGAAAUUGAGAGGUAGUUAGUGCUAUGACGAAUAAAAAAAAGAAUAUCCAGCUGAGACAGAAAAGCGAUGAAAGAAAUGGGUAUAUGUUUUUAUGUUUAAGUAAAUUAGAUGGUCAUCUAAUAUUUAAUUAUCUUGUUCUAUGAAAGUCGUUAGAAUGUUGGAUUGUUGGUCCAUAAGUGUAAAUUAUUAUUAGGGCCUCAGAAAUUGACUCCCAAAUGUCUCUAGAAUUUAUCUCUUUAUGAUAAUCAUGCACAUC